AUGGGUGAGCCAGGGAUCCAUAAGACUUGUGUGAGAGUGAAUUCCGCCGAUGAGGAGUCGAGGGACGAAGUGGACCAUGAUUUGCCAAAGAAAAACCCUUUUAUACGGGGUUCAGACCCCCGUGUGGCCACUUGCCGUGGCCGCCUGCAGACGAGACGGUGCCAACUCAAUCAGGAGAUUAACAAGGAACUCCGACUGCGAGCUGGCGCUGAGAACCUGUUCAAGGCAACCACAAACAGGAAACUCCGCGAAACAGUAGCUCUAGAGUUGAGCUUCGUCAACUCCAACCUUCAACUUCUCAAAGAGCAACUGGCAGAGCUCAACUCUUCUGUGGAGCUCUACCAAAAUGAUAGUAAAGAGUGCGUGAUGCCAAUGGUCCCGCUAGGCUUAAAAGAGACCAAAGAAGUGGACUUUCGGGAGCCGUUUAAGGACUUCAUUCUGGAACAUUACAGCGAAGAUGCAGCUCUUUACGAGGACCCCAUCUCUGACUUCAUGGACAUGAGACAGGCCAUCCGAACGCCGGUGCGCUCCACGGCGGGCGUGGCUCUCCUCUUCAAGUAUUACAACCAGCUCUAUUACAUCGAAAGGCGGUUCUUCCCCCCGGAUAGAUCACUCGGCGUGUACUUCGAAUGGUUCGACUCUCUGACCGGGGUUCCAUCUUGCCAGCGAACGGUUGCAUUUGAAAAAGCUUGCAUAUUGUUCAACAUCGCCGGCAUAUACACGCAGAUUGGAGCUAAACAGGAGCGCAACACCUGUGCGGGCCUAGAUGGCGCUGUGGAUGCUCUGCUCCGUGCUGCGGGAACUCUUCGCUAUAUCCACGAGAACUUCACCAACGCCCCAUCUGUCGACCUCGCUGCGCACACGCUGCUCGUACUUGGUACACUCAUGACUGCUCAGGCUCGAGAAUGCCUCUUCGAGAAAUUGCAGCUGCAGGCUCGCGAGGCGUGUAACGGCCGCGAGAGGGAGCUGCGGGAUGACACGGACAUGUGCCUGGAUCUUGCGCAGGAGAGCGCGCAGCUGGCGCACACUUACAAGCAGCUUUACGAAAAGAUGCAAACGGAGGGCGUGUUCAACUACGUGCCAUACUCGUGGGUGUCCCUGGUGCACGUGAAGACGGAGUUCUACCGCGCGCUUGCGCAUCAGUACUGCGCCACGGGUCUCUUGCACGCGCCCAGCGGCAGACACGUGCGCGAUAGACUCGCCACCAUCUACGCGCCCCCCGAUUGCAACCACAAUGGUUCGAUUUCUCCGACGUUCAAAUACGACGAAGAGCUGGACCACAUCGCGCUGGGUAGGGCUCAUCUGGCUGAAGCCCUCGCCCUCUACGAAGAGGCGCUGAGGCUGCAGAGAAUGUGCCGAGAACUUCGGGACAAAGAAGCUCUCUCGCUAGUCGUGGCCGCGCACCGGGAACGCGCUGCGCGAGACAAGGCCCAGCUGGCGGAGGAACCAGACUUUGCUGAUCUUCUCGAUGUACCCAACAUUCAGCCCUCGUCGAAGUUCCAACUGGCCCUUACGCCACCGGACUUCGCUCAACACCGCGUGGAGGACCUUUUCAAGAGGCUCGGACCCAUCGCCGUGUUCUCAGCCAAGAGGCAUUGGAGCGCGCCACGCCUGGUGCAGCUGCACAGGGAUGGAGAGACGAGGAGGGAGCGGCGCGGUGACAGGCAAAAGAGGAAACCGAGCGACAGACGCGAUAGAUCAGAAGACAACAGCACGUACUAUCGCGACGACACGUACGAAGUGACCAAAAAGAACGGAGUCUACAUUAACAGUUUCGAGAACCUCGAAUAUCAGUCUAAAGCGCUGGAUUAUGGGAAGAAAAGGGAGCUGAGGAGAGCCGCGAGCGAGUACAGCGUGGCCGGGGAGGGGGAGAGCGAGGGCUUUGGCUUUACCGUGAGGGGGGAUGCCCCGGUAAUCAUCGCUGCCGUGGAACCAAAUUCUUUGGCUGACAUCGGUGGCAUGAGAGACGGCGACUUCAUAAUAUCGAUUGGAGAAAAGGACGUGAAGUGGAGCAGUCACGACACGGUCGUGUCGCUCAUACAACGCGCCGGAGACACGCUCACGCUGCGCUUAGCUACGCCCAUGGACACCAGCUCACAAAAGUCGUCGCCCGACACGAGCCGCCAGUCCUCGACGCCCGGCUCCGUGUCGGCCGCGUCCACGUCGAGCGGUUCGACCGCCGCGACCGCACGCUCGUCCGCGCGCCGUCUCCCCUCUUGGAACCCUUUCCGAAGACAUUCCGCGAGAGACAACCCGUCCACACACACGAACGUCAUUUUUAGAUAA